AUGGCGCUGUUAGUAGACAAACAUCGACCGCGCAACCUAGAAGCGCUCAGCUAUCAUCCAGAGCUUUCAGAUCGCCUACGAGCUCUUGCUCAAAGCGGUGACUUUCCACAUCUUCUCGUAUACGGCCCCUCCGGUGCAGGUAAGAAGACGCGUAUUGUGGCAACUCUCAAAGAACUCUAUGGUCCCGGUGUCGAAAAGAUCAAGAUCGAUGCGCGUGUCUUCCAGACUACCACGAACCGUAAACUCGAAUUCAACAUUGUCGCCUCUGUCUACCACCUCGAAAUCACUCCGUCAGAUGUCGGAAACUAUGACAGAGUAGUUGUGCAGGAUCUGCUGAAGGAGGUCGCACAAACACAACAGGUUGAUCUGGGCGCAAAGCAACGAUUCAAGGUUGUAGUCAUCAACGAGGCGGAUCACUUGACGAGAGAUGCGCAAGCUGCAUUGAGGCGGACAAUGGAGAAGUACAGCCCGAAUUUGCGACUGAUCUUGCUGGCAAACUCAACAAGCAACAUCAUUGCACCCAUCAGGAGUAGAACGCUGCUCGUGAGGGUUGCAGCGCCCACCGAAAGCGAGAUUUGCAGUGUACUGAGUAAAGUCGGGAAGAAGGAGGGAUGGAAGGACGUUGAAAGCCUGAACCAGAGGAUAGCGAAAGACAGUGGGCGGAACUUGCGAAAGGCACUGCUCAUGUUCGAGGCAGUUCACGCACAAAAGUACGUCCCUUUCUUGCCUACACGUUUACGCGCUCAAAUCGCUCGUCAAAUCGUCGAAGAGCGUUCCCCACAACGUUUACUUCAAGUCCGCGCCUCGCUUUACGAUCUUCUAUCGCAUUGCAUCGACUCUACAACUAUCAUCAAGACGCUGACAUGGAAACUCAUACCGAAAACGGACGAUGCGCUGAAGCCCGAGGUCAUCAAGUGGGCGGCAUUCUACGAACACAGAUGUAAGAUGGGCAGCAAGCAGAUAUUCCAUCUGGAAGCAUUCGUGGCCAAGUACAUGAGGUUGUACGAGAGCUUUGCAAUGGGCAUAGAUUUCGACGACUCAUCAUAA